AUGGCGCAGUCCGCUUCUCCACCGGUGCUUGCACCUCGCGUGCCAGAUGCUCAAGCCAAGGGCGACUUGACUGACUACGCUGCCAGUGCCAAAGCACACGCUACAUCCAAAAAGUAUAUGCAAGAUCUGUUUCCCGGCCAGAACAAGCCCCUGCCGCUUCUACGGGAUAUAGAGGUGCAGGAACGCGCAAAACCCUCGCACAGUGUACCGCAACGGCAUGCUCUUGAAGAGCGGGUUUCUGCUCCGACUAUAGAUAAUAGGCUGGACCCCCGAUCACUCGAAUGCCUGAUCAUGCUCGAUCAAUCAUCAGUCAGCGGAAUUGAAACGUCGCCGGCAUCUUCUGCUUCUGCCUCUGCGAGGUAUCAGAAUAACGCGAGACCAGCAGCAGCUCCCGUGACACGCUCAGCAAAGGGCUCUCACCGAUUCAAGCGGCCGAGGCGCUCUCUUCUCCAGCUUCCACAGGGGAUACUGGGACAUAUACUAGCCUACGUUUUCGCCGAAGAACGUGCUAUAUCAAUUACGCCAUAUCAGCCACAGGUUACACCGCAACGCUACCGACAUCGCCAUGGCGCUGGCACUGUCGACAUACGGACCUUUAUGAUGCACCCUGCACUGCUCGUCUGCCACCAGAUGCGUGCCAUGGGGCUGAACAUUGUGUACCGCAACAAUCUCUUUGUAAUCAACCUGUGCGAAGCAAACCGGGCGGCACACGCAAACGAAAGAGACUCGGGCAAGCAUUGGGACUGCUGGACAGCCGCCAGCCCUCCUCCGCACAUGGUCCAAACCGCACUCACGCACGCCUCGAUUCUCCGCAUCGAACUCCCCGUGCCGAGCGCAGAACCGGCAGCAGUGCGUGGAGCCACCAAGCGGAAAAAAGAUUCGCACGAGGACAAGGGCGUUGUUCUGGAAUCGCUGCGCAGACUGACUGCCCUCAUCAUUGGCUCGUCGCCCGUUUCACAGCCAGAAAGGACGCGCGCCCCGAGUCCAGCUGCCCCCAAGGCUCUGCGUCGCAAGCUCAGUUUCCGCUCUGUACGGCGCCAUGAUUCGCUGGAAUUCGUGUGCCGCGGCGACUCGCCGCCAUUGUUCGUCAGGGAGCCGCUAAGCAGCUUUGAAGUCGUGCUCGUCAAGCCCGCACUCACGGCGCCGGUGCACAGCCACACGCUCGAAAUGGUCACCAUGUGCAGCGCCAUCCCCGUGUCCCGCACCCUCGCAUACUACCUCGAGCUCGACGGGCUCCGCAAACUCUGGGCAAAGCGAACGCUAGGCAAAUGGCGCGGCUCCGAGCCCGACGGUCCAAGAUUACUACACGGUAUGCAUAUGCUCCCAAGCUCCCUUGUUUCACGACAGCCAUCCUUGAGACGCACGAGGUCUUCUUCCACUUCCGUUGCUCCUACUGCUACCGCUACCGCUACUGGCGGCAGCCCACCCUCAUUGCCGUCUCACAGACACCUCCCCGUGUCACUCAAAGAAGGCAGUGUAAGCGUAGCAGGCAAGUUCCGCGAAAUGGAGCACCUGUACAAAAUCACCUUUUUGAAGAGUAGCACCAAUAAGCAUUCUCCGUCGAUUGGAGAGAUUCAGCAUAUUACCUCGGAUAUGCGCAGAGGGGUCCACUAG